AUGUUAAAUAAACUUAAAGGUAGUAGAGAUAUUGGUGAAGAAGAAAUGCUAAAUAAACUUGAAAGUAUUGAUGAAAAUAAUUCUGAAGGUAGUGAUGAAGAAGAAAUAUUAAAUAUAUUUGAUGAUAAUGAAGGAAAUUUGUGGGGUAAUGAAAAAGAUAGUGACUUAGAAUCGAAAAGUAAUAUUGAGAUAGAAGAGAGAAUUAAAAAUCGAUUGUUGAGAAUAGCAUUAGAAAUAUCAACAGAGGAUAUUAGUCAAUGA